AUGGGUGUACUUGCUGCAAUUCAAGACGGAAAUAAGAAAGGAUACAAUCUCAGACUAACCGUAACAGAUUUGGAUGGUCAUAUUUACUAUGCACAUGGCAAUGUCACAACAGCCGCACAACUUCUUGACGCUUUCAAGACUACAAAGAGAGAACAAAUGUUUGACUCCGACUCAGAUAUUUUGAAUGCAAUUGAAGGAAUUGCAAGCGUGAAGUUUGAAUGGUACCAACCUAACCCUCAAGCAGUCAGACAACAUGCUGGAUACUUCCCGUUCAGAAAUAAGUCUGACAUUAACCUGACAAGGUAUGGAAUUUACAAUUCAAUUGAAACAAUUGUCAAUGAACCUUGUAUUCUUACAUGUCUCAGGAACUCUGGUCUUGUUACAGAUGAGAAAAUGAAGUAUCUUGAGUCAUGUGUGAAAACAAGGUACAUGCUCAGAGGUCAAUUGUCAAAAAUUGCACCGUUGGCAAAUGUCAAUAUCCGAGUCAACAUACCUACAGCUAAAGGUUCUUCACAUGACGACUAUGUUGUUGACAAAGACUUACCAUGGUUGAAGAUUGUAAUUGUCCACAACCACUUCAUGUUGAACGAAAGUCUUACAAACCCAUUGUUCGGAAAAGGCAAGUGCAACAUUGUCAGAGCUGUUAACAUUCUUUUCGAGAAAGGUUUGUUGGAACCAAUUCCAGAUGACAAGCUGACAGAAACUUUUGUACCAAAAGACGAAACAAACUUUUCAUUGUUAGCAAGACCAAAAGUUGUUCCAGACAAAGUUAUAGCACAAAAGAAGUACACAGUUCCAAAAGGAGUUGGAUUGUUCGGAUACCAACCUGAACCAGAAGAACUUCCAAUGAGGUUGCAAGAACUUCAAGAUGCUAUAAACAAACUUCCAUUGAGACAUCCAAUCGACGUCAAAUUGUAUUGGAGAGCAUCUGAGUUAGGUCAGAAGGUUUUAUAUGAAACAGGUUGCUUCGACGAUGUUUAUGAGAUAACAGGAGAAGUUUCUCAGAAGAUAAGAGACUCACUUGAA